UUUUUCCCCACGCGGCAGGGGCCGAAGGGCAUGAAUGGAGGGCGGAGGAGCAGCCGCGGAGCUGGAAGUUGGCGGGGAGAUGGAGGCGGCGCAGCUGCAGCUGGGCUUCAUCGGUGCCGGGCGCAUGGCUGCAGCGGUGGCCCGGGGGAUGCUGCAGGCAGGAGAAGUUCAGCCAGGAAACAUCUUUGCCAGUGCCCCAUCAAACACCAAUCUGGGCCAGUUCCAGAGUUUGGGCUGCAGGACGACCCACUGUAAUGCAGAGGUGCUGAAGAACUGUACCUUGGUGUUUCUGGCUACCAAGCCCCAUAUCGUCCCAGAGGUACUGCAGGAAAUCGCUUACGCUGUCACCUCAGCUCACACAGUCGUUUCCAUGGCAGCUGGAAUCACGCUCCAGACCUUAGAAGAGCUGCUCCCUGCCAGGACCAAGGUGCUCCGGAUGAUGCCCAAUCUCCCCUGCGUGGUCCAGUCGGGCGCUAUCGUGCUGGCCCGGGGAACCUUCGCACGUGACCCGGAUGUGGCCUUGCUGAAGAGGCUGCUGUCGCCUUGCGGGCUGUGCGAAGAGGCUCCCGAGUCCCACAUCGACAUUCACACUGGGCUGAGCGGCAGCGGAGUGGCCUACGUAUACACCUUUGCUGAAGCACUAGCUGAAGGUGCAUUGAAGAUGGGGAUGCCGUGGCCCAUGGCCAAUAAGAUUGCAGCCCAGACGCUCCUGGGAGCAGCGAGGAUGAUCCUAGAAAGUGGGGAGCACCCGGCCGUCCUGAGGAAUGCCAUCUGUACCCCAGGAGGGACGACCAUCCAUGCGCUGCACGAACUUGAGAAGGGAGCCCUGCGAUCUACAGUGAUGAACGCUGUAGAGGCAGCCACCAACCGGGCCCGGGAGCUGGGCAAGAGAUAGAAGAGACAGGCAUGCGCGCUGGUCUCGCCUGAACUGUGCUGACAUGGGAACUCCCCUUGCCCACCCAAAGAAGAAAGUGCUCCAGAGGUGGAAUUACCUUCCUGGGGUGUACAGCUGACAAGUAAAUGAUACUGAAAGAAAAGUGGAAGGAAGCUAGAGAGGGGAAGUCCGGUUCUGAGGCAGUGGAGAACUAGACUAGUCAUUCCAGACUUUGUCCCCGGAGAUCCCUUGCUUAAUAAAUAUUGGUUGCAGCCCUUAGCAGUAACUGCCGAUCGUA